UACAAUUUAUACCUUUCGCAUUUUCUUCUAAUUUUUGUAAGAAACUAAUUAAGGCAAACAACACAGCAUUCGGCCACCUCAAUAAAAACAGGUUGCUCCCACUCUUACGACCUAAAACAAGCAAUUAAUUCUUUCUCGAUUUGCAUUGAGUAAGAAUUCCAAAUGGCUUCAAAUGCUAUUUUAUUAAUCACAUUAGCCCUCUUGAAUUUCAUUUGCAUCUCCUUCGCCUUCGACCCUCGUCCUCUUCAAGAUUUCUGCGUUGCAGAUCCCCCGGGAAACGCAACAUGCAAGGACCCAAAAGCAGUCACCGCCAACGACUUCUUUUUGAGCGGUCUUGAUCGGCCGGGACCCUUUAAUGCGUACGGCGUCGCCUUCGUCCUAGCCUCGGCAAACACGGUGCCGGGGUUCAACACUCUUGGCCUGACAUUGGGACGUGCGGAGUUUGCGCCUAAUGGAUACUUGCCGCCACACAUUCACCCUACGUCUUCGGAGGUCAUCUAUGUGGCGGAAGGUAUACUCGAGGUCGGAUUCGUAACCACGUACCCACAAUACAAAUAUUACAGCAAAGUUCUGAACAAAGGUGAUGUUUUCAUCAUCCCUGUCGGCCUCCUUCAUAUCCAGCGAAACGUGGCGAGAACAAAGACUGUGAUAUUGGCGGCAUUCAACACCCAGAAUCGCCGCAUUAUUUAUAUCCCCGACUCUGCUUUCGCAGCGAAGCCCGCCAUCAAUAGCCUUUAUCUAGCCGCAGCGUUUAAGCUGAAUGAGAAUACCGUCAAAGACUUGCAGACGAAGCAGUGGGAAGGGAGAUUUUACAGAGCACUGUUGAUCUUGUUCAAAAUACUCUAAAUCUAGAGAUUAUUUAUGGAGACGCAGAUUCAAUAAUGAUAUAUAGUGGACUCGAUGAUAUUGGAAAAGCUUGAUUCAAUAAUGAUAAAAAGUAGAGCAAGCUUCCUAAAGGGCUAUGUUUUUGGGACUGCAUCUUCUGCUUAUCAGGUAACCUUUUCAUUUUGAAAUUAAAGCAUAAAAAAUCAAAAAUUACCGAGGGAAAUCUUCCUCGAUAUUUUAAUAAAAGUGUUCGAAAAUUACCGAGGGAAUUUUCCCUCGGUAAAAUUAAUACUCAGCCGACACUUGACCCGACGUAAAAGUUAGUGAGGGAUAAUUCCCUCGAUAAAUUUACCGAGGGAAAUUUCCCUAGGUAAUAAUUUUACCGACAUUGAAUUUAACGACGGGCUCUUUUAAUCGGUGAUCUCUCGGUAAACAAUAUUACCGAGGGAAAUUAUAUAUUUACUGAGGGAAAUUUCCCUCGGUAAAAAAUUAAUUUUUUGUUGUGUGUGCACCGUUUCCCGGGGGAUCUGCAACGCAGAAGUCUUGAAGAGAGGUGAAAAUGAAAUUAAAGCGGCUAAUGUGAUGAACAAAAUAGCAAUUGAAGCCAUUUGGAAUUCUUAACUUUUUUUAUUUGUUACUAAAUGCAAAUCAAGAAAGCGUGCUUGUUUGAGGUUGUAAGACUUGAAGCAGCCUCUAUUUAUAGAGGUAUGUGUUACAAUAAGAUUGGAACACUGUA